UGCUGAUUCUCUGAUACAGAGCCCAGAGGAUAAAUCUGCAUUAUCACAAUUUUUGUUGCAACGGAAGCUGGAAGCAGAAUGGAAGUGGCAGAAAAGAACAUACCGUGCAAUAGUGUGAUUGGAGGUAAUUUUGAAGAAGUUUGUCCAGAGAAGGUAAUUAGGUUUAAACCGCCUUUAUACAAACAACGGUACCAGUUCGUUAGAGAUUUAGUGGAUCGCCAUGAACCCAAGAAGGUUGCAGACCUGGGAUGUGGUGAUACCAAACUCCUAAAGCUUCUAAAAAGCUAUCCAUGCAUUCAGCUGCUUGUUGGGGUAGAUAUCAAUGAAGAAAAAUUACAUUCAAAUGGGCAUUACUUGUCUCCCUACCUGGGGGAGUUUGUAAAACCCCGAGAUCUAGAUUUGACUGUCAUCUUGUAUCAUGGCUCUGUUGUGGAGAGAGACUCUCGCCUGAUUGGAUUCGAUUUGAUAACAUGCGUUGAAUUAAUAGAGCAUCUGAAUUCAGAUGACCUGGCCAAAUUUCCCGAAGUGGUUUUUGGAUACCUGUCGCCAUCCAUGGUUGUCAUCACCACACCAAAUGCUGAAUUCAACCCCCUGUUUCCCACAGUGUCUCUGAGGGAUGCAGAUCAUAAAUUUGAGUGGAGUAGAAAGGAGUUCCAGACCUGGGCUUCACGAGUGGCAAACUGCUACAAUUAUUGUGUGGAGUUUACUGGGGUCGGGACACCCCCAGCUGGGUCUGAGCAUGUCGGAUAUUGCACCCAGAUAGGUGUCUUUAGGAAGAACAGCGGGAAGCUAGCUGAAUCCCAUGUUUCACAGCAGCAUGACCGGCAUGUGUACAAAGCAGUUUAUUCAACCUCCUACCCGAGUUUACAGCAGGAAAAGGUGCUAAAGUUUGUACUGGUCGGGGAGCUCCUGAUACAAGUGGAACGCCUGAGACUGAGGUACCAGCGGAUGCUGAGGGAGCGGGAGAAGGAACUGGGCCCUAAUCCAGGGCACGCGGACUGCUCCCCAGCCCCUCACCUACUCUUGGAAGCAGUAUUCACAGAGGCUGAAAAGGCCAGGAUAGAAAAUACUCCCCAGCCCUUCUGUGAAGGAGAGAAGUUUUUCAUACCCCUGAGGAGACUGCUCGCUUACCCCAAGCUGCAGCGCUUGUGUACUGACGAAGAGAGGAUGCGGUCCCUCAUUGCUGACUCGGUGUCCCUAAGCAGCGACGGUUCUGCAGUCAUGGUUGACCUGCACAAUUCUUGGGAUUAUCCGUCUGAAGAUAACUGAGCCACCUGAAUUUUUCUGAAGCUCAAGAGUCUCGCUGAGAGUUGAGUUGUCUUGGAAUUCAAACUUUUUUGUUUUUGUGGUGCUGGCAAUUGGACCCUGGGCCAUUUGCAUGGUAAGCAAGCACUUUGACACUCAGUUACGCCCUCAGCCCUGGGAUUUAAACUUUUCACAGUCAUAAUUCAAGUACUACUUUGAAAGUUUUAACACAAAUCAGGUCCUGAACUGGUUGACAGACGUGCCUGGCGUAGACUGCUCUUCGCUGAGAAAAAGGGCUUAACUGGAAGGAGCUGCCUUCCUUUAACAUUGGGUUUUUAUUUUCCA